AUGUCGACAACAAAUUUCAGUAGCGGUAGAAGUCGCACGGAAUCAUUUAAAGAACUGCUAUGCUCUUCCUCUUUGGUGAGUGGGCUUCAACAACAACUAUCAAUUUGCUUCUUAGCGGUUGACAUUCUCCUUCUCAUCACAGCAUUUGCAGGAAAUUCUCUUAUCCUUGUUGCCCUUCACAAGAAAUCUUGCCUGCAUCCGCGUAUCGUUGUCUGGCAACCACUGAUCUGUUGGUUGGUCUUGUUGCUCAGCCUCUCGAUGCUCUAUGUUGGAUGUCCGUGGUUCAGGAACACUGGAGCCUUUGUCGACACGCAAGGGACGCAGGCGGCACCACAGGCCGUGUAUUGAGUUUGAUGUCUUUGAUGACGAUGACGGCCAUAAGCUUGGACAGACUUCUCGCCCUGUUGUUGGGACUGCGAUACAAGCAAAUUGUAACUUUGAAGCGCACGUAUAUUAUUGUAACUACCUUUUGGGUUUUUACCCUUGUCGCUUCUUUAAGUGGAUUAUUUUAUCACCGUAUAAUCUUUAUGUACAGCUCCCUAGUUAUAUCAUUUUGCCUGGUAAUAUCAUUCGCAUCGUACACAAAGAUUUUUUGCACUCUCAGAUAUCAUCAAGCACAAGUAGGAGAUCAACAACAGCCGAGCCAAACAAAUGCACUGAACACGGCGCGAUUCAGAAAGGCAGUAUACAGUGCACUGUGGGUGCAGUUGGCAUUAGUUGUUUGUUAUGCACCACUAUGUACAGUGAAUAUUGUGAUCGCUCAUACCAAAAAAUAUUCAUUUCUCUUAUUCGUCAUAUAUAAAGUAGCAAUUAUUUUACUUUGCUUCAACUCGACGUUAAACCCGUUCCUAUACUGCUGGAAGAUUAGUGAGGUGAGACAAGCAGUGAAGCAGACAAUUAGAGAAGCACUUUGCUGAGUUAGGUCUUCCUCGAGUUCUUCAGACUUUCAAAGCAAACUCAUUAAGUCAUGAUUAUUAUUAGAGAGCAGUCGUUAAAUACGUUUUUGAAUAAAAGUAAAUAAGUGGCUCAAUAGAAUAGUUGCAUAGGCUGUUGUCGAAAGUCUUUAUAUCUCUGAGAAAAAUUUAACGACAGACUAGGUAACCGUAGCUAUGUGUUUUCAAAAAUAUGGUUUCUUGCCGCUAUGCUAAAAUACAAGAUGUCAUAAUCGAAGAAAAGAUAUGCAAACAUUUUACUUUCAUGUUUUCUCCUCUUAGCAGUAUGAAGGUAUCAGAUAAAACUUCGAAGAGUAGUUUAAGAGAUGUGUUUGAGGCCGAUGUUGUGUGUUUCGAGAAAACUAUUUCGACUCAUUUUUCCUGUAAUUAAAAGAAAGCGCUUGACGUUGAUGUUGACGCCAUAUUGCCAAAAGAGACAGUCCAGUUUAAGUCUAGAAUUUGUUUGUUUUGUGAUCAGAAAAUUACCCGUAAAGCCUAUGUGAAGAAGUUUCUGUUACUUGUAUAUUUAACUGAAAGUUACGAAAGUAUUUGAAAUAAAAUUGAUCAUCUCUGUUUGUUAUGGAAUUUUUUUACAGAUCGAUCGAUGUGCUGAAGUUAUAUUGGCAACGGCGAAAAACAAGUUUCGUAUUAUUGUAUAGAGGUCACCAUAAGUUCAGUUUGUCACUGGUGUAUCUUUAGGUUGUCUCUGAGUUUUACGGAUUUUAUUUCCUCCAUUUCCGAGUGAUUAACUGCUGUCCCAAAGUUCCUCAAAUGUUUUUUUAAAUUCGUUUUCAAAGCUUUAUUAUGAGCUCAGAAUUUGCUUCAAUACCAUACCAUCUAAUUAUCGGCCUAAAAACGACAUGUUUAUUUCACCCAUUAAAGAAGUGAUAAAAUAGAUCUUUUAAGACCUAGGAGUCUCAUAUCGCAUUGUAAAAUAAAAAAAUAUAGCCCAUGUCUUUGUGUUUGUCAAGGAAAUUCCCUUUCAAUGCUAAUUUGAAUUAAACUGAAACGUUAUCUAGUAAAAUCAACAGCUGGUUGCGACAAACAUCUUUUUGUUUGAUUAGUUUUAAAGCUACCGUCGCUGUACUGAAAAGAAAAUUCCCUGGGAAAGAACUCUUUCUGAGGAAGGAUUGACGCAUCUCUUAGCAAUUAAUUAAGUCAUUCAUCUAGUUUUUCUUUCAGCUAAUCUUUGCAUCUUUGGCCUUACAUCCUCAAACUUAUUCAAUUCGCAUUGAAGCCAUAAUAUUGAGUGCCUUCUCGCAAGCUAAAUAAAGCGGGGUUGUUUGUUGCAACAUGAAACAAUAAUUUCAAAGAUGUCUUUGAAUAGUUGCCUCUUAUUCCUAUUUCAUACGUGAUGUACAUGACAAGCUAAGCACAAAAAAAGCUUUUUUGACAUAGCGAACAAUUUUCUGACGUAUUUCAAACGUGUAAACAAUAGUGAGAAGGUUUUUAUUUGAAAUGUUACGUAGGAAAAGGGUUUCAGGGAUCGUUCUUGUGCAAUUGGAGUUAACUAAAAUGAAAUAUUUUUCUGGAUGCUAUCACAGAUUAACUCAUGGCAAGAAUAUUGCCAACUUUUGAAAUAUUUGAUAUAUCCAGUUUAAUGCUGGUCUGUGUUUUCUUCAAGUUUUCUCGAUCCUAUGUCUACCGACCCGAGUGAUUAACUGUUCCUAACUUUCGCUUCUUUUUCCUUGAACUCGUUCCAUGACGCUUUUUAGGAAUUCAGAAUUCACCACAAUACAGGGAUAAUCUUUGCACUUAAUUACCGGUCCAAAAGAAUGACAGUAUAUUUAAAUAUACCGUUGAAACCGCUUAUGCUGUCAUUCAAAAACUGACAAAAGAGAAUUUCCUUACCAUAUCGUCAAACAGAAAUAUUACUGACCGAUGUCUGUGUGCUUGCUAAAGGAAUUAACAUUAAAGGAAGAAAAAUUGUAGAUCGAAAAUGACAAAUGUAAAGUUGGAAUAAAAAUUGGCAUCAAAGGAAAAAAAUUUUUUUUUGGUACCCGAUGGAACUCUGGGAUUAAAACGAUAUCGAGGGCGUAGUGCCAUCAUGGCUGGUUUCUCCGCCUCCUUUAUUUUCAGUUAGCGCCCAUUUCUCUUAUCUUGUUGACCAAAGGGAUGAAGAAAGGAAAUAACAUCGUGGGGCGAAAUAGGCAAAAUAGGCAAAACAGUUUUUGUUAAAAAAAUCAUCAUAACUUUCCUGACGAAAGUGAAAAAGCUGGUAGAGAACGAGUUUGAAAAAUCGAUGGCGCGCGGCCUAACAUCGUGUUACGGUUUUGCUUUUAAGAUCAGUCCGGGGACGAAAAGCGGAAAGAAAAAACCUGUCAUUACAAAUUGAUUCAAACAUUUAAAAAUACGUUUACAUCUGUGACCAAAAUUUACAUUUAAAUUGUUUGAUGCAUUCGCAGAUUGUCUCAAAUCGCACUUUUCUAAGACCAAAUAAAAUCGCGCCAGCUUGAAAUUUUAAUUUCCAAUUUUUCAUUGCUACUAAUGACACAAGUCUGAACUUCACACGAAUAAUAUGGACACCAGGUUAGCACCCUAUCAGUGAAAGUUGAUCUAGAUAAAAGGAGAUUGUUCGUCGUUCUUUUAAAAGAAUGAUACCACAGAUGUCUCUCCAUUUUCUACUUAUUUCCAUUUCAUGCCUGAGGCACUUCAAAGGUUCAAUUUUUGAACACAACUGACAAUUUUCUGACGUAUUUUAAAAGAGUAAACACUGAUGAAGAAUUCUCAGUGUGUAUAAAUAUCAUUAUUGAAGUAUGAGGUGUAAUUGAUCGUGGCUGGAUGUGGGCUGUUUAGACGACAUAUUGCUCGUGGCAAUCUUAGAUAACCUUCGACAAAUUUCAGAAGAGUUGGAACACAGACGAAAACAAUUGAAAAACUGCUAUGCUCUCCUCUUUGUUGGUUGGGCUUCAACCAGAAUCAGUUUCAUACCUGAGGCAUCCCACAGCUGCAAAUUUCGGACGCAUUUUAAAUGAUUAAACACGAGGGAGGAAGUCUUUAUGAAAGGUUUCAGUUAUCAUAGUUCGGCGUGUCCUGUUUAGACGAAAUAUUUCUCGUUGCAAAAACAGAGGAAACGAAUGCAGAAUUAUUCGACAACAAAUUUCUUCAGAGGUGGAACAAAGACAAAAACAUUUGAAGAACUAGUAUGCUCCCCCUUUUUGAUCAUGGGUGGGCUUCAAUCAGCAUCAGUUUCUUUCGCAGCAGUCAACAUUUUCCUCGCCGUCACAGCAUUUCUUGGUAAUUCUCUCAUCCUUGUUGCCCUUCACAAAGAAUCUUCCCUUCAUCCGCCGUCCAAACUCUUGUAUCGGUGUCUGGCAACAACUGACCUGUUGGUUGGUCUUGUUGCUCAGCCUCUCAGUGUUACUUAUUGGAUGUCCGCGGUUCACGAACACUGGAGCCUCUGUCAUUACGCAGAAGAAGUAGCUUACAUUACGGGCGUAGCAUUAUGUGGAGUUUCUUUGCUGACGAUGGCGGUAAUAAGCGUGGACAGGCUUCUCGCCCUGUUGUUGGGGCUGAGAUACAAAGAGAUUGUAACUUUGAAGCGUAUUUAUAUCAUUAUAGUUAGCUUUUGGGUUUUAUGUCUUGUCGCCUCUUUAUGCAUCAUUUUCGAUCAGCAUAUAAUCACUUUGUGUGUCUUGAUAUCGAUACCACUUUCGCUGCUUAUUCCACUCGCCUCGUACACAAAGAAUUUUCGCACUCUUAGACAUCAUCAGGCACAAGUUCAACAACAGCCGAGCCAACCAAAUGCACUGAACAUGGCGCGAUACAGAAAAGCAGUGCAUAGUUCACUGUGGGUACAGUCAGUAUUAGUUAUUUGUUAUACACCAUACCUUAUUGCGGUAUUUGUAAUCACUUCUAGUACAACAUAUUCAUCAACCUCAGUCGUCGCAAGGGAAAUAGCAGCUAUCCUUAUUUACUUUAACUCGACGUUAAACCCGUUUCUCUAUUGCUGGAAGAUUAGUGAAGUGAGACGAGCAAUGAAGCAGACAAUCAGACAAGCACUUUGCUGUCCAUGGAGUUAG